UAGUAUGCGCCGCAGACGGCCAUUUUGCUUCUCUUGACUUCUUGCAAGGGCGAAGCAACGCGCUUGGCGCGCUGUCGACAACCUGAGUCCCUUGUGGUUUCUUCUUGCUCUUUUGGCGAUGUUCCCUCUGUUUAGGAGGGCCUUGAGCCGCUUCUCGGAUGGGGAAACAGAGGCCCAGAGAGGGGAGGUCCCCAAGGACCUCACACAGCACAACUCCCAGGCCAGUGCCUCGCUGCCACUAACCUCAAGAGUUCGCAGCUUUCAGCAAACUGUUGAAAGGCAGAACCAUCAGGACAGGCUGCCUAAUUUUCAUGAUAAGUAUGGCACCCCAAUAUUGCUAAGUGGAGCCACUUUCUGUCUUGCCAUUUGGGCAUACGCAGCAACACAGAUUGGAAUCGAAUGGAACCUGUCCCCUGUUGGCAGAGUCGUCCCAAAAGACUGGAGAAGCCAGUAAAGGAGAAAUUCCUUUUCAGCAAAGCUGGCGUCAUUCUGGAUUGAUUAUUCCAGAAUUAUAAUAAGAAGUUAAAGGUAGUCUGUCAUCUACUGUAACGUGGCAUUAUUCAUGUAAUAAAAUGCAUUUGAAAUCUUUGUUGUGUAGAUCUUGCUCAUUUCCCAUAUUAAAAAAAGCCUGUGCUCCAAGUAGCUUAAUGGUCUUGUGAAUGUAUUAGUAUUAAUAUUAAGGAGCACUGUUGCAUUUCUACAUUAGCUUUUCCCCUUCGCAGCAAUUGAAAAUUUGGAUACCACAGAAAAGCUAACUUGCUGUACUUUUAACUUAAAUAAUUGAGAAGUAGCAGCGAGUUCACAAAGCUAAAUCCCAUGUUACCCGAGCUUCCAAGAAUUUGAUGUCAAGGUAGCCACCCAAUUGCCAUUCACUUCCUACUUUAUCUUCUGUUUAAUAAGUCAAGGUGCUAUGGAGCCUAUAGGGAAAGAUGUCUACUUCAAGAGUUCAUAGAAUUGGUGAGAAAGUGUCUCCAUCCUGUUCAACCCAUAUCUGACAUAGUCAUCUAGUCUCUGCUUGUAGACCACAGUAAGGGGAGAAUCCACUGUUUCUCCCAGAUCAAAGCUAAAUUUGCUUCUUUUAUGACUUCCAUCCCUAAUUCUGCCCUUUGGGGCUAAUCAGAAUUUCUCUAAUCCCUCCUUCAGAAAGCGCUUCAAAUACUUAGGUGAAAAUGAUGUGUUUACUAGUUAGAAUCUAGAUUUUUAUGGCUGUGUUCAUGUAAAUGUCUUACAUUGUCAUUUAAAAAUGAAAACAUUUGUAACCGUGACACUUGAUAAUGAUAAUUGUCUUCUAUCCCACCCCCAUUGGAAAAGAAAACUCUUGUAAUAAAUAUGUAUAAUCGAGUGAAACAAAUUUUUGGAUUGAUCAUGUCCAAAAAAGUGUGGAUAUGCAACCUGAAUCCGUUACCUGUUUUUUCAAGGAGGUGGGUAUUGUGUUUCAUUGAGUCCAUUGAAACUGGUUGAUCACUAUAUUCAUCAGAGUUCUUUGGUCUUUUAAAAUUCUUGAUGUUAUUGUAUAACUUGAUCUGCUCACUUCAUUCUGCAUUAGCUCAUAAGUCUUCCCAUGUUUCUCUGAAAACAUCUCCAUUUUCUAUAGUGCAGUAGUAUUCUAUGACAUUGUUAUUGGCAUGCUUUGUUAAGCCAUUCCUCAAGUGAUGGGUGUUUCCUUUCUUCCCAGUUCUUUGUCAUCAGGAAAAAGUGUUAUGAAUAUUUUUAUUCAUAUGGGUCAUUUUCCUUUUUCCUUUGAUCUCUUUGAGGAUAAAGUCUUAGUAGGGAUAGUGCUGGGCCAAAGGAUAUGUGCAGUUUACUAACUUUUCACAUCGUUCCAAGUUAAUUUCUAUAAUGGCUGGGCCAGUUCACAGUUCCACCAAUUGUACAUUACUGUAUCCAUUUUCCCAAAGCCCCUCUGGCAUUUGUCUUAACUUUUGGUCAACUUUUGUAACCUGAUAGUUGUGAGGUAUAAUUUUUUCAUAUGUGUAUUGAUAGCUUGGAUUUCUUUGAAAACUGCAUUUUUGUAUACUUUGACCAUUUAUCAAUUGGGGAAUGGCUCUUGGUCUUAUUAAUCUGAAUAAAUUCCCUGUGUAUCUUAUUAGAGAAACUUGAUGCAAAAAUUUCCCAGUUCCCUUCUGAUUUUCUCUGCAUUGGUUGUGCCAGAACUUAGAUUUUAUGUAAUCAAAAUUGUCCAUCUUAUCAUAACUUGGCUUUUGCUAGAUAAUGCAACACUGGGGAAGGGGGGGGUAUAUGUUAUGUGCUUUGCUAAGUGUUUAAAAAAUGUGCUUGAUGUGCAAAAUAAAAUUUCAUUGAAACCAAA